UUUAAAAAACAGGUUAAGAUAAUUCAGAUCGGGUAUUUAACAUAUUUUGUAAAUAAAUUAGAACUAUUUAAAAGCAAUAUCAGAUACGGCUGCUACAUAUUUUUAAUAAAAAUAAAAAUAAUUUAUGAACAAUUUUGCUGCAAGUAAAUUUUAGAAAAAUAAUAUGGUUUAAACUCGCAAGCCAUUUUAUAUAUUUUCUAGAGAAAAAUAGAUGUAUAUGUCAUAAGAUUAAAAUAUUCACGUGUAGUUUUUAGAAUUUUUUUUAAAAAGAAGAAAAGAAUAGUAUAAAGGAAAGGGAUUCGCAAGAAAAAAAGAAUAUCAAAGAAAGGAACGAGUGUGCAUAUUUGGCCGGCUCCAAGUGUAACUCACGUAGUCUCUUCCAGGCCACCAAGCUCCCCAAUCCGAACGGACAUUUUCUAGAAACUGCGCCACGUGUCUUCGUGGAAUGACCGGAACCUUCUAGAACCCGCUGGAUGCUUCUCGCUUCCCAUCUCAAACCUAAUCCCAUCCCCAAAUCGACCUUUCUGGACGCGUUUCCUUCCCGUGGAAACAAUUGCGCUUGGCCCGGAUCCUCCCUCUCCUCUCCACGCGGCCACCACACUUCCGACCACCUAACUGCUCGAUGGCGUCGCCGGCGGCGGGGACGCCGCCGUUUCUGACGAAGACGUACGCGAUGGUGGAGGACAGUAGCACCGAUGACACCAUAUCGUGGAACGACACCGGCACGGCCUUCGUGGUGUGGCGCCCCGCCGAGUUCGCCCGCGACCUCCUCCCCAAGCACUUCAAGCACAGCAACUUCUCCUCCUUCGUCCGCCAGCUCAACACCUACGGAUUCAAGAAGGUGGUAGCGGAUAGGUGGGAGUUCGCCAACGACUGCUUCCGGCGAGGGGAGAAGCACCUGCUCGGGGUGAUACAGAGGCGGAAGGGGACUGGCGUCGCGGUGGCGGCGGUGCCGGGCAUACCGACGGCGAUACCGAUCCCGUCACCGCCGACGAGCUCCGGCGGGGAGCCGGCGGUUUCUUCGUCGCCGCCCCGAGGGGCGGCUUCCGCGGCCGGUGUUAGCGGCGCGGUGGCCGAGCUGGAGGAGGAGAACGCGCGGCUGCGGCGCGAGAACGCGAGGCUGGCGCGGGAGCUGGCCCGCGCGCGGCGCCUCUGCGACGGCGUGCGGCGCCUCGUGUCGCGGUACGAACACGGCGGCGGGGAGGAGGACGCGGAGGGCGACGACGGGCACGGCGGCGGCGCUGGGCCUGGAGGGAAGCCGAUGCUGUUCGGCGUCGCGAUCGGAGCCAAGAGGCCGCGCGGCGCGGACGGGAACGAGGAGGAUGACGUUGAGAACGGUAGCGCCGAGGAUGAUGGUGACGAGGAGGACGAGGAAGACGAUGACGACGACGAGAGGCACGCAGCGCGGGGGCGGGAGAGUAAAGCGAAGAGGAACGAGCUGUCGGAUCUGGACGUGCUCGCGCUGUCUGUGCGGGCGGCCGCGGCGGCGAGGCCGGGCGGUGGGUCGCGUGAGGCGUGACCGCAAGAGCUCGGUCUCGUAACCGCGCCACUAGGAUUGAGAUCAGUAACACUCUUGUAGACUCGCUUGUAUUAAGAACUUCAGAGAUGGUUAAUGCAGGCGUGAACUGAAACAUCUUUGUAUUGUUAGAAUCGAGAUUCGAAGAUUGCAUACUCCUAAACCAAAGAACUCAAUCAGUUUACCAAAA